AUCUCUAUCCUGAUCUUGGCAAGAUGCCUUCCCGUCAGAAUUCUGAUGAGCUAAUAUUUUUUGUGAAUGGAAAAAAGGUAAUAGAGAAGAAUGCUGACCCUGAAGUAAACCUACUGCAGUACCUGAGGAAAGUCCUCCGUCUCACAGGAACUAAAUAUGCUUGCGGAGGAGGAGGUUGUGGAGCCUGCACCGUGAUGGUUUCAAGAUACAACACCAAGACCAAGAAGAUCCACCAUUAUCCAGUAACAGCGUGCCUGGUACCCAUCUGCUCUCUGCACGGGGCUGCGAUUACCACAGUGGAAGGAGUAGGAAGCAUCAAAACCAGGAUUCACCCUGUGCAGGAAAGACUCGCCAAGUGUCAUGGGACACAGUGUGGCUUCUGCAGUCCAGGCAUGGUGAUGUCCAUCUACACGCUGCUGAGGAACCACCCCGAGCCAACCCCUGAGCAGAUAACUGAAGCUCUUGGAGGUAAUCUGUGUCGCUGUACUGGAUAUCGACCAAUUGUAGAAAGUGGAAAAACUUUCUGUGUGGGAUCAACUGUUUGUCAAGUGAAAGGAACAGGAAAAUGUUGCAUGGACCAAGAACAGACGUCUUCAGUGGAUAGGCAGGAGGAACUGUGCACCAAACUGUAUGAUGAAGACGAAUUCCAGCCCUUGGAUCCAUCCCAGGAGCCUAUUUUCCCUCCUGAACUGAUAAGAAUGGCAGAAGAUCCAAAUAAGAGGAGGCUGACCUUCCAAGGCGAGAGGACCAGCUGGCUGGCUCCUGUGUCCCUGAAGGACCUCCUGGAGCUGAAGGCCAGUUUCCCUGAAGCUCCCCUGGUCAUGGGGAACACGACAGUGGGUCCCAACAUUAAAUUUGGAGAUAAAUUCUACCCAGUCUUCAUAUUUCCUCUUGGGCUUCCAGAACUGUAUUUUGUGAACACCACAGAAGAUGGGGUGACAAUCGGUGCAGGAUACAGCCUGGCCCAACUGAGUGAUGCUUUAAAAUUCAUUGUUUCGGAGCAACCAAAAGAGAGGACUAAGACCUUCCGUGCACUCCUGAAGCACCUGAGGACACUCGCAGGAGCCCAGAUUAGGAAUAUGGCUACUUUAGGAGGCCAUGUAGUGAGCCGGCCUCGUUAUUCCGACCUAAAUCCCAUACUGGCUGCAGGAAAUGCUACCAUCAAUCUAAUAUCAAAAGAAGGAAAACGGCAACUGCCUUUAAAUGGCGCUUUCCUUGAACGGUCCCCUGAGGCCAACCUGAAGCCAGAAGAGAUUGUGCUGUCUGUUUAUAUCCCUUAUUCCACUCAGUGGCACUUUGUGACAGGGCUGCGUCAGGCCCAACGGCAGGAGAAUGCCUCUGCCAUUGUCAAUGCUGGCAUGAGUGUGAAGUUUGAAGAUGGCACAAAUACAGUCAAGGACUUCCAGAUGUUCUAUGGAAAUGUUGCUUCCACAGUGGUGUCUGCCAAACAAACCUGCAGACAGCUGCUCGGGAGGCCAUGGGAUGACCAAAUGCUGAGUGAUGCGUGCCGAUUGGUUCUGGAUGAAAUCCACAUCCCGCCAGCAGCCAAAGGAGGCAUGGUGGAAUAUAAGCGAACCCUCAUCAUCAGCCUGCUCUUCAAAUUCUACCUGAAAGUGCGACAAGGACUGAAUAAAAUGGAUUCCCAGAAGUUCCCCGACAUUCCAGAAACAUACAUGAGUGCUCUAGAAGAUUUCCCCAUAGAAACACCCCAAGGAAUUCAAAUGUUUCAGUGUGUGGAUCCCAAUCAAUCCCUACAAGAUCCAGUUGGACACCCAAUCAUGCACCAAUCAGCCAUUAAACACGCCACUGGGGAGGCUGUGUUUGUGGAUGACAUGCCUCCCGUAGACCAAGAACUCUUCCUUGCUGUGGUCACCAGCACGAGAGCUCAUGCCAAGAUCACAUCCAUUGAUACCUCAGAAGCUUUGGCACUUCCAGGUGUGGUCGAUGUGAUAACAGCAGAGGAUGUUCCUGGAGAAAAUAACCACCAAGGAGAGAUUUUGUAUGCAAAAAAUGAGGUGAUUUGUGUGGGUCAGAUCGUCUGCACUGUGGCUGCUGACACCUACGCUCAUGCGAAGGAGGCGGCUAAACAAGUGAAGAUUGCUUAUGAAGACAUAGAACCAAGGAUCAUCACGAUCAAGCAAGCUCUGGAGCAUAAUUCUUUCCUCUCUGUGGAGAGAAAAAUUGAGCAAGGAAAUGUGGAAGAAGCCUUUAAACAUGUUGACCAAAUCAUUGAAGGUGAGAUCCAUGUGGAAGGACAGGAACAUUUUUACAUGGAAACACAAACUGUCCUGGCAAUCCCAAAAGAAGAAGAUAAAGAAAUGGUGUUAUACCUUGGAACACAGUUUCCAACCCAUGUGCAGGAGUAUGUGGCUGCAGCCUUGAAUGUCCCAAGGAGUAGAAUCGCCUGCUACAUGAGAAGAGCUGGAGGAGCAUUUGGGGGGAAAGUGACCAAGCCUGCUCUGCUCGGAGCUGUCAGCGCUGUGGCAGCCAACAAGACUGGCCGCCCAAUCCGCUUUAUCCUGGAGCGUGGUGAUGACAUGCUGAUAACUGCUGGCCGCCACCCACUUCUCGGAAAAUACAAAGUUGGAUUCAUGAACAAUGGUGUGAUCAAAGCUGCUGAUGUUGAAUAUUAUAUCAAUGGCGGAUGUACUCCUGACGAGUCCGAAUUGGUGACUGAGUUCAUUGUGCUGAAAUCAGAAAAUGCGUAUAAUAUUCCUAAUUUUCGGUGCCGGGGAAGACCUUGCAAAACCAACUUACCAUCCAACACCGCCUUUCGAGGAUUUGGCUUCCCUCAGGCUACAGUGGUGGUUGAAUCUUACAUAACUGCUGUGGCUGCUCAAUGUAACUUACUUCCUGAAGAGGUUAAAGAAAUAAACAUGUACAAGAAAGCUAGCAAAACAGCCUAUAAUCAGACAUUCAAUCCAGAACUCUUGCGAAGGUGCUGGAAAGAUUGUCUGGAAAAAUCUUCAUUCUAUGCGAGGAAAGAAGCUGCAGCAGAGUUUAACAAAAAGAAUUACUGGAAGAAAAGGGGGUUGGCCGUUGUCCCCAUGAAAUUUACCAUUGGACUCCCUAUAGCCUACUAUCAUCAGGCAGCUGCCCUCGUCCACAUCUAUAUGGAUGGCUCUGUCUUGCUGACUCAUGGUGGCUGUGAGCUGGGGCAAGGCCUGCACACCAAGAUGAUUCAGGUGGCCAGUCGAGAACUGAACAUACCCCAGUCAAAAAUACACCUGUCAGAGACAAGCACAAUCACAGUGCCUAAUGCCCUCUUCACUGCAGGGUCCAUGGGUGCAGAUGUCAAUGGAAGAGCAGUGCAGAAUGCCUGCCAAAUUCUGAUGUCUCGUCUUCAGCCCAUCAUUAGGAAAAACCCUAAGGGAAAAUGGGAGGAGUGGGUGGCCAAAGCCUUUGAAGAAUCCAUCAGUCUCUCAGCCACUGGAUAUUACAAAGGCUACCAGACACACAUGGACUGGGAGAAGGAAGAGGGGGAAGCAUAUCCCUAUUUUGUCUAUGGAGCCUCCUGUGCAGAGGUUGAAGUGGACUGUCUGACAGGGGCACACAAGCUGCUGAGGACUGACAUCUUCAUGGAUGCUGCUUUCAGCCUAAACCCAGCCCUGGAUAUUGGACAGGUUGAGGGGGCAUUUGUCCAAGGCAUGGGAUUCUACACCAUAGAAGAGCUGAAAUACUCCCCAGAAGGUGUGCUUUAUUCUCGGGGUCCAGAUGACUACAAAAUCCCCACUGUCACUGAGAUACCAGAAGAGUUCUAUGUCACUUUGGUGCAUUCCCGAAAUCCCAUAGCCAUCUACUCCUCCAAGGGACUGGGUGAGGCUGGAAUGUUCAUGGGAUGUUCCGUCUUUUUCGCCAUAUAUGACGCCAUAGCUGCUGCCCGCAGAGAGAGGGGACUGACCAAUACCUUCACCCUCAGUAGCCCAGCAACUCCUGAACUGAUCCGAAUGACUUGUAUGGAUCAGUUUACUGACAUGAUUCCCAGAGAUGAUCCUUCAACAUUUACACCUUGGUCCAUCCAUGUCUCUUAAUUUUAAGUUUUCUAAAACAUGAUCGACCUUAAAAUUUUUAAACUAAAACAAAAUAUAGGUUGACUAGCAAUUGUCAGGAUUAGUUUUGGCAAUUUUUAAUUAUUCUCAAAGGCUAGGUUGCUACGUGAUUAUGUUUUAAGAUGCUAGUUUUUGCUAAAAUGUGUAAUGAAACUUAAAAUAGAAAACCCUAAUUUUAGUUUGUAUGAUCCUCAAAGAAAUCUAUAUCAUUGUAAUUUUAAAAUAUUGUAGAUUUUUCAUUAGUAGCACCACUCAAGAUAGACUACUGGCACUUUCCUUUGUCCUUCAGAAAUCCGCCCAAAGUAGGGUAAAACCCCCUAGUUCACAUCUCCUGAUACUGGAUUCUCCCAAAGCCAAUUGUGUGUUGAUAAUAGCAAGUUCACCUGUAAAGAAUCCUUCACUUGCCAUGUCUGCCAAUUUCCUUGGCAUAAGAACUCCCACCUUGAGUAAUUCCAAGCCACCAACAUGAGACAUCCAAAUGUGGAGUUGGAAAGAAGUGCUUAUACUCAGUGUUCAUGAGAGGGUAAGAGCUGACUCCCACAUUUCAAGCACCCUACAGUCUCAAAUCCCUGUCACUUCCAUGUGGUCCAUUUGGAAGUAAGCAUUGCUAUUGCUGGGAUAUGGUUUAUAACCAAAACAUUCAUCCCUAGUGUGGUAGUGUUGGGGUAGCAGGUGACUGGCUCGUGACUGCCCUUGUGAAUGGAUUGAUGCUAGGACUCCAGGAAUGGAUUGCUUCCCACAAGAGUAGUUACAGAAGAGCAUGCCUGCCCAGUCUCUUGCUUCCUCGCUUAUGCAUUCUCACUUGUGCUGCCAUCCUCCCUGCUGUGACACAGAAGGUGUUUACCCCAACAUGAUCACCUUCUAGAAUUUUCAGCAAAAAUAAACAUCUUUCCUUUA